CCUACAGACGACCACCAUCAGUGUCCAGCAGCGUCAAAGUGCCCUAUGUCCAGCCACAAGACGCUAUUGGUCAAGAGUCAAGCGAAGACGGAGAAAUCGCCGCUCUCAGUUCUGGGAGCCCUAAAGUCCACUAUAAAUCUCCAAGAGAUAGACCAGGCAGACAGAACAGUCCCCUGUAUGCCUGUGUACCUGUCAACUCAACCGACGACUGA